CAGUCCUCUCUCCUCACGUGACAAGCUCGAAAAGGCCAUUCCUUCACCCAUUAGAAUAACACUGUCCGGUAACGGUAGCAGUCCCCACCUGGUAACCAUGCGUCAUCUCCGAACUAUCGUUCUCCUUCUCGUCGUUCAAACACCAACUCCAAUAACACACUCGCUCUCGACGCAGCUCCCUCAAAACUGCAGGUUCGUCAGGUUCGUCCUCGAUCCUCGUCGUGUGGGUUUUACGUUACGCUCCCUCGUAGAACUCUUAAGUCUGUAGGUGGGUUUGUUUGUUUUUCUACUGGGGGGGCGUGUGUGGUUUCUGGCGUCGGUGCUUCGAUGGAGAAAUUCUCCGGCGAGAUGAAGCGGGCGGAGCUGCAGAAGCAGGCCCUUUUCAAGACGUACGAGCAAGUGCAGUCGCAGGCGUCCUCCGUCCUCUUGUUCACGCUCCAGUGGAAGGACCUGGAGGAGCGCUUCGACGGCAUCCGGAGCUCGCUCGAGCGCCGCGCCGAGGAGCUCCGCGAGGGCGAGAGGUCGCUCGCGGAGCGGGAGGAGGGGCUGCGGUCGGCGCGGCGGAGGGUCGAGGAGCGCGAGGAGGAGGUGCGGAGGAAGGAGGUGGAGCUGAGGUCGGUGGAGACGCGGCUUGAGGAAUGCGAGGAUGAAGAGAGGAAGGAGGAGAGUGGAUUGGUUCUGAAGCGAGAGGUGCUUAGCGAGUGUGACUCGCUGAUCAGGGACAAGGAGAAGGAGCUGCGUUCUCUCAUGCAGGCGACUGAGGAAUGUCGCAGGGAUUAUGAAUCGACGGAGGAGGAGGUGGAGAAACUGCGACAUGAAUUGGACUCGAAGGAGAAGAAAGUCAGGGUGGUGCAGAGUUUGCUCGAGGAAAAUGCUCGGGAACUUGAUGUAAAAGUGGAGGAGUUGGGUUCGGUGAAACGUUCUCUUGACGAGUGCUCUAGGGCGGUUCAAAUGAAAAGGGAGGAAUUGAGUGUGGUGCAUCGUCGGCUCGACCACAGUUUGGAGGCUCAUGAAGAGAAUGAGAAGAGGCUGAGGGUUCUGGAGCGCACCAUCAAAGAGCGCGAUGAGGAGGUCGCCAUGAAAGCCGGAGAAUUGCAGUCUCUCAAAGAUAAGAUAAAGGACUGUCAUGUUGAACUCAAAUUGAAGGAGGAGGAAUUCAGAGGAAUUUGUAAAUCCAUCGAAAAGCGAUCCAAGGACCUUGAAUCAAAAGAGUGUCAACUCCAUUCUUUGGAUAUACUAAUCGAAGAGCACAAAGAGGAGGUCAAAUCCAAAAGGAAGGAGUUUGAGGAAAUCAACAGGUUGAUCAAUGAGCGCUUCACGGCACUUGCUUUGAAGGAUAGGGAACUGGAGUCCAUUGAAACGUCAAUUGGGAAGCGCUCCAGGGAAAUGGAGUUGAGAGAGAAGACUAGUGGCCAUCCUGGGGUAAUGCCGCAAAAUUGGAAAUGCCCAUAUGGACCUGCUCUAGCUUCAUGUCUAAAUUCUCAAUCCACAAUUGCUCAUGAUGGAAAGCAAAUGCAGAUGUUCAUCUAUCGACAUUUUUGGGAGCUUAAUAGAGUGUGCCAUAAGUUGCUGGAGAUUAUUCAAACAUCAGCUAAUGCUGCAACGUUGGUAUUAGAUGCCAUGGAAGGGUUUUACCCCCAAGAUUCAGGAAAUAGAGAUGGCUUCCUAGAUAUUGGGAUGAUUAGAAGGAGUUGUAUCUUCCUGUUGGAGAAUUUAAUACGAUCCUCAGCAGAGAUUAAGCCUCAGCAGAAGGAAGCUGCAAUGAAACUGGCCGUUGAAUGGAAAGGGAAGCUGAAAUUUUCGCCAUCACUGGAGCAUCCUUUGGAGUUUCAAAUAGCACAGGAAUUGCAGGUCCUUAGUUCUUCAGCAGUGCUGCCUGGUUCUUUUGGAUCUAUUCAACAUUGGCAAAAAAAGACCGAGGAACCAGAAAAUUUUGCUGUGCACAAUGCAGACGAUUCUUCUGUUGUUAAUCCACCACUACCAACUGUCUCAGUGAGAAAAGACUUGCAGCAUUUUCAAACCGAGCUUUUGAGUGAGAUUACUAUGAUAUGUGAACAAAUCUCACAUAAAUUGCAAAACUCAUCUGACCCUGCAAAACUUGUUCUUGAUGUUUUUGCGGGGUCUUAUACUCAAUACUCAGACAGUAAGGAUAUGAAUUUGGAGACAGACGUUUUGAGGAGUCAAAUUGUUCUGUUAGAGCAGCUAGUGAGAAUUCCCCCUUUAAUAACUGAUGAGGUUCAAGAAGGAGCAAUGAAGCUGGCGAGAGAAUGGAAAGUGAAACUGUCAGAUAAACCCAAGAGCGGUCUGGAGGUUUUGGCAUUUCAGCAUUUCUUGGCAGCAUACAAUUUGGUUUCUUUGUUAAAUGAGAGUGAGAUUCUAAAACUAGCGGAAAUUGUUUCACCGAACAAUGACGCUCCUCUGUUGGACCAGAGCCUUGGUCUUGUCAAUGAGAUUACAGCGCACCAGCUAGCGUACCUGCUUCUCUCUCCAGAGUCCAUCAGCAACCGCCCAGAUUGAAGAAGCGUUCCUCUGGGGACCCAGCAAUUGAUGUGCAAUCCCAAGCCCAUGCAGGUAAGUGUAAAUACAAGAUGAACAAUCAGGGACGUCCCAUGUAAUCCUCUUUAGGACUAUUUCUGUGGCUAACUCAUACACCUGGCAUUGCCAGACAAAUCUUAUAUAAUUUCCAAACCUGAGCUUAUUGUUCAAAUCCUUGAAGAACUUGACACAAUGUUUAUUGCGAUGGCCUGCUUCAAUCUAAACACACUUUAUCAAUCAAUUUACUAUUUAAAUGA